GGGAACGGCAGCGGGCUCCUCCCCGCCCGCCAUUGCCCCCUACGACCCCCGCCUACUGUCCUCAGGGGGGGCAGGGCGCAGUGUGGGCCCUGGGACACCAGGGGGGCCCAGUGUGCUGAGCAGCAUCAGCCUGUAUGACCCCAGGACUAACAAGCCGGGCAGUCCCGGCAGCGGCGGCUCCAACAACUCCCCCAACUCCUCCAGCGCCGAGCCCAAAGCCUCCGACCCCCCAGCGGGAAAACCCAAAUCCAAGGAGCCCCUGUUUGUCCGGAAGUCUGCUCUGGAUCAGCCGGAACCGGAGAAGAGCGGUGAGCAAGGAACCGACCGCUACAACAGCUACAACCGCCCGCGGCCCAAACCCGCCCCCUCACCGAACUCCGCGUCGCAGGGGGGGCCCGCAGCGUCCGGGGGGGCGGCACAGGGCCCAGCGGGAGGCCCGGCGGAGCAGGGGCCCGCAGCCGUGCACAACCUGCCCGUGUCUGCUCUGUUUGCCGGCGUCAAACAGGCCGCCAAGCCCAGCGGCACCAGCAGCCCGUUCGGGGGCAGCAGCCCGGCGCAGAGCGAGCAGGCGGCGGCCGAGCAGGACAACGCCUCCCUGAAGGAGGUGUUCAAAGGCUUCGACCCCACCGCCUCCCCCUUCUGCCAGUGACCCCCCGCCCAUGUACAGAUCCUGAGAUCUCUAUUUUAAACAGAUUUAUUCAAACAGCAGAACUCUAACUUUUAGCUCCGCCCCUCUGCUCCUCUCAUCUCAAUCUGGGGGGGCUGGUUUAGCCCCCACCUGAAUCAAACAAAAAGGAAACUUUAUUUUUUUCUUCAUAUUCAGAUUUCAAAACACAGAAGUUUUUUAGUAUUUAUUUUUCUGCUCCUUUGCACCCCUCCCCCACCGGCUGCUCUGCGAGUUUCUGCGACAUUGAAGAGUUUUAUUGUGAAAUCAGAGAGCUGCGUGUUAAAGCUGCGACUUGUUUUCCAACCUUUUCAAUAAACCCUGCAGAAUUCGGGGGUCAUCGCUCCGACAUCACAUUUUCCAGAGUAUCAGUGAAAACAUCGUGAAGAAAAGAACAAUCGUAGGUUUACCGAACGGCAGAACCGCAGCUCUCUGUUUCUGUACAAAUGUUCUUUAUUUUUAAUUUAUUAUUUUUAUACUUUAUUAUUUCUGAACUUGUGGAUGCAGGAAUCCUCCGUCUGAGUGAAGAGAAACCUUUUGCUUUCAGGAAAAACAAAUCCGAACAGUUAUUGUUAAUUUUUGUAAAUGACUUUUCUUGGUUUUCCUCACUUUGUAAAUUAUCUUUGGGGAGUUUUCUAACUGUUCACUGUUGGUGAGGCUGCAAGUAUUUAAAUAAAGUUGAUUCACGAUCAACAAGUUAAAAAAAAAAGUAAAGCAUUUUUCAAAAUUUACAUUUUUUUUUCUCUGUUAUGUGAUUUAACUAUUCAAUAAAAUAGAUCUACAUUUUACA